AUGGAAGCAGAAGGGAGGAGUGAGCAGGGUAAGCAGAAGAAGGGGCGACUUUGCAGCAGCCUCUGGCCCGAGGGCUACCCCGCCGCUGGGACUCUGACCUCCACGGUGGACAUGAGCCCUCGGCCCUACAGGAACCUCUCUGGUGUAGGAGUGCGGAGACCACGGCUUUCCCCACAAGGUGCACAGAGGGGUCGCCCGCACUCCAGGCGCCGCCACCGAACCACCUUCAGCCCAGCGCAGCUGGAACAGCUGGAGGCAGCCUUUGGGAGGAAUCAGUACCCUGACAUUUGGGCCCGAGAGGGCCUUGCCCGGGACACAGGCCUCAGUGAGGCGAGAAUCCAGGUCUGGUUCCAGAACCGCAGAGCUAAGCAGAGGAAGCAAGAGCGGUCACUGCUCCAGCCACUGGCCCAGCUGUCUCCUGCCACCUUCUCUGGUUUCUUGCCCGAGUCCCCUGCCUGCCCCUACUCCUACCCAACACCACCUGCACCCAUGACCUGCUUCCCUCACCCCUACAACCAUGCCCUUCCCUCUCAGCCCUCCACAGGCAGUUCCUUUGCUCGGCCCCACCAGUCUGAAGACUGGUACCCCGCCUUGCACCCAACUCCCACUGGUCAUCUGCCUUGCCCCCCACCCCCAGCUAUGCUUCCCCUUAGCCUUGAGCCACCAAAGUCCUGGAACUAAGGUUGAACAGGAGCUGAUAAGGUAAUCUCCCAGCCUGUGGCCCUGGUGAAACUCAGGGAAAGCUGGGUGGCUUCCCUUCCUUCUAAGGAUCAAGUAGAAAUUUGGUGAUGGGCAGCUCAGAGAUAGGAAUUUAAAAAUGGGAGAUCUGAAGAAGGCAUCCUGAGGUGAUUAGUUGAGGGAAUGUGGGGAGGUGAGUCUACUAGAAGAUACAGAUAAAAUGCUCAGUGGAGGUAGCCAGGUAGAAGGGUGGUAUUGAUGAUGGAAGCAAUUGUUGCCACUGGUGAAUGGAAUUUGUGAACGUGAUACAACUUUCGGGGCUUCAUUAAUUGACAUCACAAUUGAAGAUCUGCACCCAGCAGUUUCUAACUGAUUUCAAUACGGCUUUUGAUUUAAAGUCUACCUGCUCUUCUUUCCCCCAUCACCCACUCCCACCACCCAAAUCAGUCAUUAACUUUUGUUCGUUAAUGUUCUAGAAAGAUCUCUUGAAUUUCAUCUUUCCUGGCCCCAUAUCUUUUAACUAAUCCUCCUCAAUAACUCCCUUAGCUCCAGCCUUUCCCAUUGCCACCAGACCUUGCAAAUCUGAUCAUCACAGAUGCGCUCUCCAAUGUCUUAUUAAAAAAAUAAACAAAUAAGAUCUGAGUCUCCAACGUUA